AUGACGAAAAACCACCCCUCCCUCCGCAAAGCCGCGUCCAACGCGGACCUCUACGCCGCCCCGUCGCCGCCGCAGCAGCUGCGCCACGCCUCCUCGACGCUCGCGCGCUCGCACACCACGGCCGGGUCGCUGCCGCGCCGCUCGCUGGCCGACUGGGAGCAGAAGCGGCUCCCGAGCGACGGCGGCCGCGCGCGCCAUAGCUAUGCGUCGCCGUACCCGAACCUCGUCGAGCAUGACGACGAGUUCCGGCCCAACAGGCAGAGGCAGAGCCCGCCCCCGGUGCCGCCCAAGAUCCCCGAGGACCCGCCUGCGCCUUACCGCCUGCCCGCCCCCAAGCCGGCCUCGUCGCACCCCUGGCUGCCCGCCCAGCUGCCGCCCGCCCCCGUCCGCGAGAAGGCGCGCGCCGAGCAGUACACCAAGCCCUUCACCGACUUCAUGACGGCCAACCCGACCGUCUUCCACGCCGUCGACGCCGUGGCCCAGGACCUCGAGAAGGACGGGUACAAGAAGCUGUCCGAGCGCGACGCCUGGGACCUGAAGGCCGGCGGCAAGUACUACGUCGACCGCAACGGCACCUCGCUCAUUGCCUUUGCCAUCGGCGACAAGUACGAGGCCGGCAACGGCGCCGCCAUCGUCGCCGGCCACAUCGACGCCCUGACGGCCAAGCUCAAGCCCAUCCCCAAGCUGCGCAACAAGGCGGGCUACCUGCAGCUGGGCGUCGCCCCCUACGCCGGAGCCCUCAGCGACACCUGGUGGGACCGCGACCUGGGCAUUGGCGGACGCGUGCUCGUCAAGGAGCACGGCAAGAUCGUCACCAAGCUCGUCAAGCUCGACUGGCCCAUCGCCCGGAUUCCCACCCUGGCCCCUCACUUCGGCGCUGCUGCGAACGGCCCCUUCAACAAGGAGACGCAAAUGGUGCCCAUCAUCGGCCUGGACAACAGCGACCUCGGAGCUGCUUCCACAGACGAGCCCGAGUGGAAGGCCAGUACUCUUGGCGGCGAGGGUGCCUUUGCCGCCACGCAGCCCGAGAAGCUCGUCAAGGCCAUUUCCUCAGAGCUGGGCAUCACAGAUUACUCGACCAUUGUCAACUGGGAGCUGGAGCUCUUCGACGUCCAGCCCGCCACGACCGGCGGCCUCGAGCGCGAAUUCAUCUUCGCCGGCCGCAUCGACGACAAGCUAUGCUCGUGGGCCGCCAUCCAGGCGCUCCUCAACGCCUCCGCCUCCCUCUCCACUUCCUCACAACUCCGCAUCGUCGCCCUCUUCGACGACGAAGAAGUCGGCUCGCUCCUGCGCCAGGGCGCCCGCGGCAACUUCCUCCCCAUCGUCAUGGAGCGCAUCGUCGAAGACUUCGCCGCCUCCCGCGUGAAAAACACUCUCGCCCGCACCUACGCUAACUCCUUCCUCGUCUCCAGCGACGUCAUCCACGCCGUCAACCCUAAUUUCCUCGGCGCGUACCUCGAGAACCACGCGCCCCGCCUCAAUGUCGGGCCCGCGGUGUCGGCGGACUCGAACGCGCACAUGACCACCGACGCCGUCAGCACCGCGAUCCUGCAGCGCUGCGUCGACGCCGAUGUCGGCUCGCGCGCGCAAGAUCCUAAGUUGCAGGUCUUCCAGAUCCGGAAUGAUAGCCGUAGUGGCGGGACGGUCGGGCCCAUGUUGUCCGCUGCGACGGGCAUUCGUGCCAUCGACUGUGGGAUUCCGCAGCUCAGUAUGCAUUCUAUUCGCGCGACGACGGGGAGUCGGGAUCCGGGGCUCGGGGUGUUUGUGUUUCAGAGCUUUUUGGAGAGGUUUGAGGAGGUGGAUCGGGAGUUUAGGUAG